UCGCGGCUGCGGGCGGUGCGCUGUAGCGGGCCCAGCCCGCGGCUCCGGGCGCACUGGGAGGGCGGACCUGGGCCCGGACCCGCUGCCCCCGGCCCUGGCCUUCUGCCGAUCGCCACCACCCCUAGCCUCUCCGGCUGAGCUCGGCGCCCUAGAGAGGAUUAAGUAAGUGCUGAGGUCGCAGCUUCUGUGCAAGAAUGGAGGAAUCACCGAGUCGCAGAGGCGGGGAUGGGGAUUGGAGCAGGGAGGACUGAGGAACCUGGUAGAGAAUGGUAUGCGGGUUCUCGGAGGUCGCGGUGCCAACCCAUCUCAGCCGUUUCCUUCUCUUGCCCUUUGGACCCUCAGGCAGUACCAGACAGUGAUGAGCAGGGCCUUUUCUCUGCUUUGGACCGAGGAGUAAACAGAGCCCAGAGCAAGAGUUAAGGGUCUGGCCCAAGGUCAUGUCUGGGGUCAGAGGCAGAGCCAAGAAAGAACCUGGAAUUGCUGACGCGUUCAGCCUACCUGGAGAGAGAGAGGGCAGAGAGGGAUGAGCACCCAUAUCCCUCUGCCAACCUUGCCCCUUCCUAAGGAGCCAUCAUAAGUGUGUACACACCUCACACACACCCAUGCACCUGCACAGGAAGGCACCCCACAUACACCCAUGAGCUAGCACAGGGAUGUAUGUGUGCAGCCAUGAGCUGUGUACCCCCCUCUCCCUAGGCCCACCCUUCUGCAGCGUGGCUGGGACCCCUUCCCACUUUGCCCUACCCAGAGCCUCUGGCCUGGGAGGAGGUAAGCCACACCCUGGUCUCCCCACAUUUCUUACUCUCUGUUCCCAAGAGAGGAGGAGGGGAGAGGAGAAGCAUCUCAGAGUGGGAGCUCCAUGCUCCCUGCUUACCUUCCUUGUCCCUGGCAGCCCCUAGCUCCCCUAUGGGGGUCCAGUGACCCCAAGAGCCUGCAGAGAAGCCCUACCAGGGGACCUGACUUUAGGCUCUCUCUCCUUCCCGUCUUCUGGUCUCUCCGCACCUGUCAUCCACCCCCCGGGCCCCAUCCCCUGCAAACACAGCCUGGAUCACACAGCGGGCUAGGUCAAGGGGCUCCUGUGGCUCCCCCUUUCUCAAGUGUGUUGGCCGGGGGCGGGGGGGGGAAGUCGAUACACUGAGUGUUUACUGUAGGUAGGGGUUACGCUGAGCUAGGUCUUUUCUAGGGACCAGUUCAUUCUGACAUUUCAGUGACCUUAUAACCCUGUGAGGCUGUGAGGGAGGUGGGGUAUUGUUUGUUUGUUUGUUUGUGUGUUUGUUUGUUUUUAAUCUUGGUCUUAGACUCAGAGGAACUGAGAACCAGAGAGGUGGAGUGACAUGCCUAGGGUCAUCUGACUCUUGGGCAAGUGUUUCCCUCCAGGAAAGGAAAACGCUGCGGUGUUUGUUUGUUUGUUUUCCCCAAGCAGGAGCACCCAGGGGACCGGAGAGCUCCCUUUUUCCUGGGAGGUGGCAACCUGGAAGUAUAGCAGGGGCCACAGGCUGGGGUACUACCCAUGUCAGGAGCGAGUUGGCAGGUUGACUGACCACGGGCAGUCUCUCAGCCAGGGCCCUCUCAGCAUCAGCAUGGACUCCAGGAUCCUGCCUGCCAGGGGCUGGCUCAGCAGCCGCCAACCCACCUCUGAGCCUGACCUGGAGCCUGCCACAGAGGGGCCAGCCUCUGAGACCACCACCCUCAGCACAGAAGCCACCAGCUUUAAUGACACCAGAAUCCCUGAUGUGGCUGGUGGUACAGCUGGUGUGGGCACAAUGCUUCUGUCCUUUGGGAUCAUCACAGUGAUUGGCCUGGCUGUGGCCAUGGUUUUGUACAUCAGGAAGAAGAAAAGGCUGGAGAAGCUCCGCCACCAGCUCAUGCCCAUGUACAGCUUCGACCCUACAGAGGAGCAAGAUGAGCUGGAGCAGGAGCUGCUGGAACACGGGCGCGACGCCGCCUCCAUGCAGGCUGCCGCCUCUGUGCAGGCCGCGCAGGGCAAGACCACGCUCCCUUCUCAGGGCCCACUGCAGAGGCCCAGCCGGCUGGUGUUCACAGAUGUAGCCAAUGCCAUCCAUGCGUGAGUGGCCCGAGGACCGGCCCGGACCUCUGAUGAAGACAUCUGCCAUCGUGCCCCUUGAGCUUGAUUGUUAAGACCCACUCUCAGGACCUGCCCUGCUGGGGCCCAGCUGUUUCAAGGAUCCACCUGCUGACUCUCUAGGCUCUAAGAGAGGGCCCUGGCCAGGCUAGACAUCUGGCUACUGAGGUCUCCUGAUCUGAGGGCCCUGGCAUAGAGGGCAUCCUUCGUAUCAGGAAAGUUGAGAGCCACUGCUGGCUUCCUUGUGUCCUGCCCAGACCUGUCACAUCACGGUCUGCUCCUCUAAUGUGGAGGAAGUGGGGGGAGACAUGGGAUGGGAGGGGGCAGGGGAGGAGAGUAGAGAGGGGUUCCCCUUUGUCAGGGAGAGACAUGUCUUUGGAAUCUGCAGCCUCCUCUGGAGUAGGAAGGGGCAAUCAACCAGGUCUUGGGGACAGGAUGUGGUGGCACCUGGGAGAAGCCCAGGGAUGGACUAGAGCUGCCUGGUGGGCGAGGAUGCCAGGAAGAGGGCUGCUCCUACCUGGGACCCAUCUGUAUUUUGGAGGGUCCACGAGGCCUCCCAGCCACCCUCCCUGGCAGCCAGCCUCUAGCUGGGAGGUGGGGGAAUAGUGUAGAGGGCCCCAGGCAGGUGCAUGAAUGUGUUCACGUGCAGGCAUAUGUCCCUGUCCUGGCACAGGAUAGGAUGGAGACCCUCUGCAUGGGCUCCACCCUCCAAGUCCACCCCACCCCUUGACGUGUGCAGGGGCACCAGGAUAGGCCACUGUCUCUGCCUUCAGUGUUCAAGGACUAAAAGGAGAGGGAAGCCAAGGUGAAGGUCCUGCUGCCCACCACAUCUCCUCACUGGGCUCUACAAGCCAGGGAACCGGCUUCUGCCAACGGUUCCCUGUCCUGGUGUAUAUGGGGGAUCUAGGGUUGUAGGAGAGGCUGCUGGUCUGAGGGCAGUGGUCCCAGGCUGUGGGCUAUCUGGGGACAUUCCGACUGUGCCUGAAACGAGGGUGGGGAUGGCCCCAUGGGAAACAGACCUAAUUUUUGAUAGCACAGCCCACCCACCCAUUGUCCACCCACCCGACACCCCUCAGGAAUUCUUCUACCAGUCUGGGGCAUCUGGACAAGGCAUGGGACCAAGCCAGACCCCAAGAGCUGGGCAGCCUUCUCCUCUGGACGUGCAUGCACACACGAGCAUGCAGAGAAGCAUGCCCCCCGCCCCCGUGCCCAGCCUCCCCGCCGUUGCUGUCCUCUGCUGGUUGGAAGGGGACACGGGGGUGGCAGCACAUACCUUCUGUCAGGCAAAUACCACGUGUCAGGAGGGGAGGGGCUAGGAGACCCAUGUGGGGAAGAUUUGGGAUGUAUUCCCUCCUCUCGAUGCUCUAAAUACAUUAGCACUUGAACCAACUGGAGGGCUGCGGGUGAUUUGGGACGCACAGAUGCUGUAACGGAACUUGGCACCUCCAUGUGAGAGCAUUAAAGAUGUAAUUA